UCAUGUCAAGCCGUGUAACAGAUACAGCUCCCUCGCCGUUGUGUGAGGAGAUACGCUAUUCUACUCUCCCUCGAAGGAACUUCGCGCUUUGCUCUACUUGUGAAAACAGAUAACAAUGAAAAUCUUUUGUCUACCGUUUAUUGUUUUACAUUUACACGGAAUUAUUCGGGAUUUUUAAACAGUGUAACAUAACAGUCAACAACUUUUAUAAAUGGAAGUAAAAGGAGUUUUAAGUAUUUGAGAAAUUUUAUACAAUCGACUUAAAUGGUGUUGCCGUAUGGAUGUUUUUCAACGGAAUGUUCAUUAUGUGACACAUUUCUGGAAUAUCUACACCGAUCGUAUUUAUGUGUCUAUGCAAAGAGUGUGACAAACAUAGACAUAUAUAUAUUUAUAAAUAUAAAUGCGUACAAAAACAUUCACGAAGUAUUUUAUUCGAGUUUUCUAUCGGCGUGAAGAAAGCUUUAAUGGAAAACUGCCAGUUGUCUCCAAGUGUAUCAUGGGUAAUACUGACGUCACUACCAGCCAAACAAAAGAUGGCGAAGAAAGUGUGCGAAUGAAUUGCUAUGCUGCCAAUACCCGUUCUUCCUCGACUUCGUCUCAAUGCCGCUCAGUUCGUCCGAAACAAGACGACGACAACGACGACGACAAAACGACGAAGUACUGUCAUUACAAUCGCUGUUGUUUGCUCAGCUCCGGCGGCCAAGUUGUUAUUACACCGACCAGUAACAACAGUCCCAGAGCCGUCCCUACUACUAUUACUACUACUGCUACAACAACAACAACAAUAUCAACACCAUCCACACCAGCAUUCGGGGUCCCUUCUUCACCACCUUCAACUCGUCGUCGUCGGAGACGGCUUUGCCUUGGUCGUGGCGGUUCUGACCCUUCUCUUGGCUGUCAUUCUGGAGAAAGUAAAAAGGAACAGCAGAUCCGUACGUCUGCGAAUCAAUGUUAUCAAAAGAAGCGUUCUGCCAUGGUGAGAAGCCGGUCCUGUUGUUGUUGUCAAUGUGACAUCGUCGGCUUCGCCAUACAAUGCGAUCAGUGUAUCGAGAUAGAUCUUUGUUUACAGUGUUUCUCCCUUGGUGCUGAAGUAGGUCCUCAUCGCCGGGAUCACAAUUACCGAAUAUUGAGUGAUAUGAUUGGGCCUUUCAACAUCCAAAAGCCAUGGACUUUAGUUGAAGAAACUAUGUUGCUGGAUGCUGUGGAACAAUAUGGAUUUGGUAAUUGGCAUGAUGUUGCUAACCAUGUUGAAACUAGGAAUGCCUCAGAGUGUCAAGAACAUUAUGCUUCAUUUUAUCUAUUUGGUAGCAUUGGGAAAGCUGUAUCAAUUCCCUGUUGCAGUGAUUUUGGCCUCGACCUUCCUUCAACUGAAGAAUCAGUAUCAAAUCAUAAGUUCAACAACACAGCUAAUAACAAUAAUGAAUCUGAAACUUGUUCUGUGAAUCAUAAAAAAGUACUGAACAAUUCUAUAAAAAAAGAGGAACCAGAUUGUGGAGUGGUACCUGCUGAGAAGAACCAUGUCAAGCGACGUAGCCUUCGUUAUGUACUUUUCAGGGAUGAUUUUGUAUAUGACAAGGAUGCUGAAUCUUUGAUUAGUUCAUUAUCUGUGGAGAUAGAUGAUGAAGAUAUUGAUAUAGCAUUCAAACUCAGUCAGGUGGACACCUAUCGCCUUCGGUUACAAGAACGAGAACAUAGGAAAAGAUUGGCUCGUGACUAUGGCUUAUUUCAGAUAAAUGGGGGCAACAAAUUUAAGUCCCAGUAUGCUAAGAAGAAAACUACAAAACUUGACAGAGAGUUUCAAGAAAAAUUACGUGUGUUUGCAAAAUUUCACACAUUCCAGGAACAUGUGCAGUAUUAUGAAAGUUUAGCGCGUGAAAGAGACUUAAAAAGUCGAAUUCGGGAAUUAUUCCGGUUCCGAAAGAAUGGGUUGAUGACUUUCGCAGAAGUUUUAGUGUUUAAAAAUAAAAAAUAUAAAAGAGAUAGAAGAAAAAAUACCAACAAACGACUGGACAGCCGUUUACAGGAAGGAGGGGAAUCAAUGGCUUCCGGAGAACUAAACGAAAACUUAGAUUUACAAGGAAAAGAACCCGGCGGAAAAUAUGAUAUUUUCUAUUUAAUUAGAAGGAAACUGGCAGCUGUUUUUUGCAUGAAGCAUUUCCUAAAAGAAAUAACAGGUUUAUCUUUGACUGCAGCAUCUCUGAUCAAUCACAGUAUUACUUGAGUGAUGAUAGCCUCAUCGACUGAACUGUUCCUGAUUCCUGAGAUUGUUUUGUUGUUGUUCUUCUGCUACGGAGAAACCACCAUUGUUGACUCUGAAGUGUUUCAUUUCACUGUCUCAUGGAACUGCAAAGCAUUGCCAUUGGUGUGUGAUGGAGAGAAUCAAACAGCAAACCUUUCUGCUGCACUGCUCAACUAGAAGUGUUGAAGGUGUAACAUAACAGGUCUGGUCAAGGUUAGCUCCACAGUGACAACUGGGAGUGUUAAUAGUCUUCUGUUAUAUAACACAAGCCAGUUGAACUGAACUGGUGGGAGGGUAGAGUGCUCUUUCCCCACCAUACACACUCACACACUCCCCACCUACAACACAUCUGGAUGUGCUGUUAAGACUGCUGUAACAGGUUUUUGCUUGAGCAAAGUCAAGCAGAACCAUAGCUACUGUCACAGCAACUACCAACAAUUAUAGACAGUUUGCUGUGCUUGGUCUGUAACCACAUAUCAAACCUGAUCAGACAGACCUAUCAUUGAAAACAUUCCAGUUUUGAAUAUCUAGUCUUUAUUUUAGAUAUAAUGCAUACAGUGUUAUUUUAUAAGUCCUUUAUAGCAAGGUGUGAUUUGAGGGGUGUUUGGUUGUUAAAUCUAACAGCUUACACAUUUAUAUAGAAACUCUUUCAUUGAUUCACUAGUGCCACAAAUCCCAAAUUGUUUCAUGUUUCCCAGGUGCUAAAAGUAAUCUGUUUUCCUCUUUUGUUGAUUCAUUCUGUGUUAUAAUCUUCUUAUCCAGAUAGUCAACCACUGGAAUCAACUAAUCAUUUAUGAUUAGUAUAGAUUGAGGGCCUUGUGCAUCAGGGUAAUGUCAGGAUGGAAGUACAAAUGGGAUGCUCAUCAUUUUGUUAUGAUCAUCAAUACUCUAAAGAUAAUUGGAGGACCAUAACUCUCUCAAGCUCCAUGAUUGCUCAUCCUAAAAUAAAUCCAGAUGUUAUCUUUAUAUAUUUGAUGACAUAUCAAUUUUCUGUGCUAAUUUAAAGCUCCAACAGAUAGAGUUUUAAAUUAGAAUAUUGCUGUCCUGGCAACCUCUGAACCCAAGUUCAUAACAAUUUUGAAAUUCUUUAUUAAGAACAGUCCUGGUUGAAUGAGAGAAGUUCUAAACACACGUUUUGAGCCUGAAAGUUUAGGGACUCAAAAUUGUAGCUAUUCAUAGAUUUCCUUUGUUAAUUGCUAUAAAUAAACCAAAUCUUUGGUCUCUAACAAUGACCACUCCACCUCAAUCUAUCCAACAAGACCUAGCAAAGAAGCGAGUAAGUUGGGUUGUAAGUCUAUUUUAAUACUGCCAGCAUAUUUUCUUUGGAAGUGCAUUGAUUUGUCACCUCUUCAAUAGCUCUUCCCUUAUAACCCUAGCUGACUGACUUAGUCUUGGGUCUAUGGUGACAGUCCACUUUUUGAACAUAAGCUAGCCUAUCAUUUUGAUGGAAUGAAAACCUCAUCCAAAAUACGUUGAGUUGUUUCCCCUUUAGUGAAGUUACGCAGGUAAACUGAAUACUGCCAUGUCCUCAAGUGUUUGAUUUUAUGUAAGGCGUUGGAAAUGUAUCAUUGCAAUUUGAAAUUUGAAAUUUUCUAUAACCCAAAACCUAGGGACAUUAUCAUUGAGUAAUCGAAUUGUCAUGUCAUCAUAUUUGAUAUUAUUGUUACUAGUUUUUUUUUUUUUUUUUUUUUUUUUUUUUUUUUUUUUUUUUUUUUUUUUUGGCAGGUGGUUUCUCUCUCACACAUCAAAAUUGUCAUUAGAGAUACUUAUCAAGUCUAACAAGGGCUACCACCCCCAGCCAUUCAGUAAACAACUUGGAGCCUUUUCUUUAGUGAUAUACCUGCUGGAAGUAGCAGUCAUAUUUCUUUCAAAUCAUACCCUACUGUCUUUUAAAAAAAAAAAAAAAACCAAGGGACACAUUAGAUAAUGUGUAGUCCUAGAUACACUAUUCUUGGGGCGGGUGGAGGGGAAUUAGGUUUUCAAACCUGGAGAGUCUUUGAUCAUAGGUCAACUCAGUCAGGGCUGAUUGAAGGCUACACAUAACAGGUACAAGUGCUGUCUGCUGGACCAAGGGGCCACUGCCAUAACAACAAACAACUGGAUGUACUGUGACAGUCUGCUAUAACUACUUAUCUGUUUGGUGGUGAGCUGUCGUACUCCCCUCUUUCUUGCAUGGUUCUGUCGGGGCUAUGCCACAACAACAACCGAACAUGUUAACAAGAGACUCAAAUAUUGCUCUCAACCCCACCUCACUUCUCUUCCAUCCCUCUUCUCACUUCUUUUUAUCUCCUGUUUUCCUCCUUUUUUUUCCAUAUAUAGAUAUAUAUAUAUACUUUAGUUAUUGUCUUUAUUACUACCUGACUGUUUCUCCUUUUCUCUCUUUUUAUUUUACUUUCAACUCUGUUUUCUCUUUGUGUUUGUAUACCCACUUCUUUGUCCCAUCUCUCUUCCCCUCACUCUUUGUCCCAUCUCUCUUCCACUUUUUUUUUACUGCCCUCUCUUUCUCAUAACAGUUACUGCUGUUGGUUGUGACUUUUAAAACUUUCUGGAGACACUGUGGAAAUUUUGGAUAAACCAAUGUACAUAAAUUAUUUACUUCAGUGAAGUUACCACUUGAUGGGUGAAAGCCUGUUAGUCUGACAUAGUGUAUGUACCACACAAUGAAUGUUAGUGUAUGUAAGCAUUGAUGUAAAUUUAGGAGAGUGUGUAAUAUAGUUUUCAUCUUUUCCUUUUUUCACAUCACUCAUUUAUUGCUACUCACAAGCAAUAACUUUAUUUAUUGACUUAACUCUUUAUAAACUGCAAAUUUAUAUCUGUUGCAAAAGCUGUUACUUUAUAAGGCUUUCAAUUAAAACCACAAGUUAUUACAAAAAAAAUUCAAUAAAAUAAAAAUAACAACUACAACAACAAAAAAUGCAAGGUCUUUUAAUAACUAUA